AUGGAGUGCUAUGGUGGGAUGGGCAAGGCAAACAGUUUGUCUCCAGAUAAAAGUGAAAACGAUUUAUGCCUUUCAAACAACAACGUUGUUGACGAGAAUGACUUAAGAAAGAUUGAGUUGUUGUCGGAUGAAGAUGGUCGUGAAUAUGGUUACGUGACUGGGUUGACUGCAGAGGAUAUAAUGAAAAAGGUGUUUCGAAGUGAAGAGCGUGCUUAUGAGUUUUAUGGUAAGUUAGGGAAAUGCAACGGAUUUGGGGUCCGUAAGGGAGACUAUGCAAAGGAUGAAGAUGGGAGUGUAGUGAGAAGGAGGUUCUUCUGUAAUCGGGCUGGCCUAAGGGAUGGAAAACACUACAAUAGACUAGACAGGAAGAGAUGCCAUAGGCCUGAGACACGCACAAAUUGUCAGGCCCUGAUGUUUGUAUACCUUGAUAAGGGUAGCUCGGUUUGGAAGGUUCGGAAAGUAAUCCUCGAGCAUAACCACGAGUUGAUACCGACGGGAAUGGUUCAUAUGAUCCGAAGUUUCCGGGCGAUAUCAGGUUCUGCAAAGGCCCACAUGGAUGGAAUGCAUACGUAUGGGUUGCCGACAUCUAAGAUAUUGGGAUACAUGGCUGGGAUUGCGGGUGGUUAUUCUUCUUUGGGUUUUACCAAGAAAGACGCAUACAAUUAUAUGGAUCGGUCGAAGCGUGCAAAGGUGGUUGAUGGAGACAUGAACGCUGUUAUAGUUUACCUGGAAAGCAAGGCAGCUACUGAUCCCAUGUCUAUGGCCCGGUACAAUUUGAUUGUAGAAGGUUCAAAUAAUCACAAGCAAACAACAAUUUUUGGUUUCGGUUUGGUUUUAGAUGAGACAAUCAGUUCAUACAAGUGGAUGUUGGAGAACUUGUUAGAAGUCAUGUGUAGAAAGCUGCCCUCUAUAGUCGUUACCGACGGGGAUGAAUCAAUGAUUGCUGCAGUUAGGGAGGUGUUGCCCCGGGAAACCCAUAGGUUGUGUGCAUGGCAUCUGCAGAAGAAUGUUACCUCGAACACCAACGAGUAG